AUGUCCUCCGUCGCACAGAAACGUCUCUUUCACGAGUAUAAGAACUUAUCAACAAGCCCACCCGAGGGCAUCUCUGCCGGUCCAGUCAGCGAGGAUGAUAUGUUCCACUGGGAGGCCUUGAUUCAAGGUCCUGAGGGUACACCGUACGAAGGAGGGGUGUUUGCAGCAGAGCUCAAGUUUCCCAAAGAUUACCCGCUGAGUCCGCCAACAAUGAAGUUUGUCGGUGGUGGGGUGUGGCAUCCGAAUGUCUAUCCCAACGGAACCGUCUGCAUAUCUAUUCUUCAUCCUCCCGGUGAUGAUCCAAACCAUUACGAGCAUGCAUCCGAGCGGUGGUCGCCCAUUCAGAGUGUGGAGAAGAUCCUAAUCUCUGUCAUGAGCAUGCUGGCAGAACCCAACGAUGAAAGUCCUGCCAAUGUCGAGGCGGCAAAGAUGUGGAGAGAACGGAGAAGCGAGUAUGAACGGAAGGUUCGUGAUGAGGUCAGGAAAGGCUUGGGUCUGUAG